GUUCAGUGUUUACGUUGCGUUCGGUUCGUCGAGUAGUGUUUAGUGUUGUGCACAGAUUGUGCAGUCGUUGUGUCUGUAGUUCAAAUUAAAAAGAAAUAAUUACUCGUUAUCAUUCUGUUAUCGAAAAAUGCUAAUAAACAAUGCUAUAAUGCACUUUGGUUGAAUAACAGCGCUGGCUGAACCACCAGCGUUUUCCGUACGGAUUGCUGCUGCUGAUUGGAGGCCUGAUAAUCUGGCCAUCGCAGAGGAAAAGGAGAAAAAAGUGAAUUACGGUCAUCAGCACCGCGCCCGCCCGAUCGACGCUAAUUGAAGCGACGAAGGCCCCCAGCAGCAGCCGUAGCGCUCGGCAGAAGAUGGAGAGCAAACUAAAGGAUCACAAGUUUGUCGCGGAUUACUUCGCAAAUCUUAACGAUGUGUCGCGGAAAAUCUCACUGGACAUAGACGAGAUUCGGAGUACCUAUGAGCACAUCUGGGACGAUCUGAGUCGCGAUGAACAGAUCGAGAUCAUCAACGAAACACUGAUCAAACCUGAACUCACGUUGAAGUACUUCGAUAACUUCUCGACGUCGUCGGAUUCGUUCCGGAACAUCAUUGAAAGCGACGAAAAUAGUGACGACCGGAAGGUCAAUUUGUACGAUGGUAAAACGCUGCAAACUUUUCAGUAUCUGAAAACCGGUCGAAAAGUUAUUCACGACGAGUCGUUUGGCCUGUUCCGGGAUGAACACUCGGCGCCUUUCGCCCACAAAACCAAAAGUCAAAUAAAUUUGUCGAUUUUUCCACCGGAAAAGGAUAAACCCUCCGCAAGAAGGCUAGACCUAGCAAAGAAAUUAGAAAAGAUUAAAUCUCCCAAGACGAACGAUUCUUCCUCUAGUGCGAAAUCCCACUCCAAGGUAUCCAAUGGCGAACCGCCUACCCGCGACAAUGAAAACAAUCUAAUCCAAGGAAUCAAGUCCAACGGGCCCAACAACGACUUCCUGGCCAACUUCAUAUGCACUCAAGCGAGCGCUUCAGCCGCUCUGGCAGCAGCGUCGAUGGCAAGUGACGAAAUGGACGGUCAAUCGUUGGAGAACAUUGGCUUCGAUGACGACAAGAUCAACCUGUUCCGCAAUAGCUCCCGUAGCGACAGUCUGCACCAGGCGCAGUCUUCGUCUGUCGAGGAAGACGACAAGAACUUCGACGAAAUGAAUAGCUUGCUUGGGAACAGCAAGGGAUUCGAUUUCCUGAACAAUUGGUAACUUCCAGUUUGUCGUGUGUUCUUAGGUACGUAUUAGUGUGUAAUGUGUUGUUCUUCCUAACUUUCCUGCUCUAGUCUCUCUAAAGAUCAUUAACUCUUAGCAAAAGUGUAUGUGUUCGUUCAAAAUGAGAAUAAGUCACAUUCUCUAGAUCCAUCAUGAGUUGCAUCUCCACGAUUGUUCAUCAAAACCAACCAAACAAAGUAAUUAGAAAAAAUGGCAAUUAUUCAUUGCCAAAGACUAACUGCACCAGAGACUGAUUUUGAAACCAAAACAUUCUGCGAAAUGUCCCCAUUGAAGAUGAUACCUCAAAAAAAUGGAAUAACGAAUACUCAUUCAUCAGCCAUGCUCAUAAUAUAAACGCAAUCAAAAAAGGUACAUCAAUUUUCUAAAAUACUCUCAACUCAAUUUAUGUAUAAAAAUCAACAACGUAUCGUACUGAUAUGAAAAUA